CGCACCUCUCUCACCAUUCGCCUUCGUCGGCGCAACACUACCACCAGGUUCACAUCCUCACCAACCAAACCGCCACUACUUUAAUGACCCAUUGAGCUUCUGACCUGACCUGACUUGACUUGACCUUGACCUACCCACGCAGCUUUGUCGACUUCACCCGCUUCCUAUCAGGACCUCUUUCGUAUCCAAAAUGAUGAAACAAUCCAGAUCCAGAGCCGUCAAGGCUACCGCGUAUCCAAAGGCACCCGCGCUCGACAUGUCCUCUGUAUCUACAACAGCCCCGCCAGAGAAUCCGAGAUCUGAUUCAUCCACCCGACUUUUUGGGCUUCAGGACGCACCCUGUUACUACCCGACAGCCGAUGAGUUCAUGGAGCCACUCAGGUUUAUCGAGAGCAUCCGUCAUGAGGCUGAGAGGGCUGGCAUAUGCAAAAUCAUCCCUCCAGCAGGAUGGAAGCCCCCAUUUGCCUUGGAUACAGAGACCUUUCGUUUCAAGACCAGAAUCCAGAAACUGAAUAGCAUGGAGGGUGAGACGAGAACAAACCUCAACUAUUUGGAUCAGCUCUACAAAUUCCACCGCCAACAGGGCCAUCCUGUGCUCAAGAUCCCACAGUUGGACAAGCGACCGAUCGACCUGUUUCGUCUUCGGAAGGAGGUCAUCUCUCGCGGUGGAUAUCAACAGGUCACCAAGGAAAAGAAAUGGGCUGAGAUCGGACGUGGACUAGACUAUACGCGAAAGCAGUGCACAUCACUCUCUAGCGCUCUCAAAUCGGCUUACUUCAGAGUCAUCUUACCGUACGACAUCUAUCUUUCGAAGCAAGGCAAAACGGGACCCCAGAGUCAGACACAGAAUCUUAAACGAGAGCCAAGCACGGAUUCCCACACAAAUGGAGCGGUUGAGCCAUCCAGCAUAAUUGUAUCAGAAACAAGGAAAUCUAAGCGCACCAGAAAGGACCCCGUAUCUUAUGCAGACCUGGAACUCUCAUCACCAUCACUGUCGGAUUCGGAUGGGGCGCCAAGUGAGCAAGGAUCUAUCAAAGGGGAGAGCAAUAGGGAAGGCAACUCCGAUGUCUGUGAGAUAUGUCGCACGGAAUCCGAUCUAGACAAGAUGCUUGUUUGCGAUGGGUGUGAACUGGGCUAUCACACGUACUGCCUUACCCCGCCACUGCAACAUAUCCCAAAGACGGAUUGGUACUGCGCGAAAUGUCUCGUGGCCGGUGAUGAUUUCGGGUUUGAGGAAGGCGAAGAGUAUUCCUUAAGCAGCUUCCAGCAGAAAUGCAACACCUUCAAAAAGAGCUGGUUUGAAAAAUCAGGAUACAUCGAUGGAAAUGUGCCAGAGGACGUCGUGGAACGUGAGUUUUGGAGACUUGUGGAAAACGCAUACGAAACUGCGGAGGUGGAAUAUGGAGCAGAUCUCCAUUCGACUCAACAUGGAAGCGGUUUCCCUUCGCUAGAGAGGCAUCCUAACGACAAGUACUCAGCACAUCCAGCAAAUCUCAACAACAUUCCUGUUCUUCCAGAGUCAUUGUUUUGCCAUAUCAAGACGGACAUUUCGGGCAUGAUGGUUCCUUGGCUCUACGUUGGCAUGUGCUUCUCAACAUUCUGCUGGCACAACGAGGAUCACUAUACCUAUUCGGUCAAUUACAUGCACUGGGGAGACACCAAAUCAUGGUACGGCGUGCCUGCCUCGGACGCUUUGAAGUUCGAGGACACGAUGAGGAAAGCGGUUCCCGAGCUUUUUGAACAACAACCGGAUCUCCUUUUCCAACUUGUAACCAUGCUUUCGCCUGAGCGUUUGGUUGAAAAUGGUGUCAAGGUCGUAGCCUUGGAUCAGCGACCAGGACAGUUUGUUGUGACUUUUCCUCAGGCCUACCAUGCCGGCUUUAAUCAUGGAUUUAAUUUUGCAGAAGCUGUCAACUUCGCGCCUCCAGACUGGUGUCAAUUGGGCCUGGAAUGCGUUCAGCGAUAUAAGGAGCACAGGAAGCAGCCGGUUUUCUCGCACGAUGAACUGAUCAUGACAACUGCACUAAGUGACACCACCAUUGCAACCGCACAUUGGCUUCAAGAUGAGAUGAGGAACCUUCUUGAUCGGGAGCUCGCCGACCGGAAGGAUGUAUUGAAACAACAGCCGACCAUAAGGAUCGUCAUGGAAGAGGUGGAUCGGCCGGAAGAAGAGGUGCAAUGCUUGCACUGCAACUGUUACAUCUAUCUUUCGCAAGUUGGGUGUCGAUGCACGACAAAAGUCGUCUGUCAUGACCACAUUGACGAGCUUUGCAAAUGUCAGCCAUCCGAACGGUUCCUGCGUCUGCGAUAUUCAGAGGAACAGCUCAGAGAAAUCGCCCAACGAGUCUUUGACACUGCCGGGAUACCGGGCGCUUGGGCUGAAAAGUACCAAAAAACCAUGCUAGAAAAUCGUGUGCCCUCGCUCAAGCUCCUUCGAUCAUUACUGGCUGAGGCAGAUCGAAUCCCAUUUCCAAUCAAAGAGGCUGGUCGACUGAGGCGCUUCGUGGCUGCGGCCAAUGAGUGGGUUGAGGCAGCAACCAGAUCUUUGGUCCGCAAGCACCACCAGGGCCGACGACUUACGGAUCGUGCACAGAGCGCGAACGGGAAACGGCUGGAGGAUCUUCAAGAGUUGCUUCGUCAAGCUGAGCGAUUGCGAUUCGACUGUCCCGAGAUCAAACAGCUAGAAGAAUCGGUCGAGACAAUGGAGGACUUUCGGACAGAUGUAAGGACCGCUCUUAACAAGCCUGAACACGAUUUGGCAGAGUGCCGUGAGCUGUACGAGACAGGAAUCAGCAUGAAUAUUGCCAUGGAGGAACUCGACAAGCUGGAAGUGAUUGUGACGGAUCUAACCUGGAUCGAACGGGUGUCAGCAAAGGGCAUGCUUCAGGAGGAUUACUUGCUGAUCUGUACUCUCAUUGAGGACGCCGAGAAAAGUGGCGUGUCUCCUUCGAAUCCAAUGUUGGUGGAUUUGAUUAAGAAGCAAGAGGCAGGCCAGCGUUGGGAAGAGAGGGCUCGCGAGGUUAUGGAAAAGAACCCUGUCGACUUGGAUGAGCUGCAGGCGGUCAUCGAGGCUGGUAGAGGCUUCCCUGUCCCAAGGAACGUGCUCACUAAAGCGGAUCAACUGUACAACAAGGCAGUGGAGUGGCAGAAGACUGUUGAGCAGCUUAUGAAGAAAUCGGCUGAACCAAAGUAUGAGAACAGGCCAAAUAUUUCGGAAUUUAGGAGGUGCCUCAAAGUUGCCGACACCAUUCCAAUCACAUUCGAGCACAAGGAAAUAUUUGAAGAGGAGACCAGGAGGUUCGAUGAAUGGUUUACAGCAUGCCGGCAGCUGCUGCUGCCCCUGGAGAUCAAAAAAUAUGCUGGCGUGGAGCUGCAAGAGGUGCUGGAGGAUCUCAAGCAGAAUGUAGAGACUUGCACCGCAGAUGAGAAGUUAUCCUUGCCAACAGUGUCAUCGAACGGAGUUCAUCAUACCGACAGUGACAACUCUUCUCGGAAGGACACAGAUGUAGCUAAAGAGGAAAAAGACUCGAACAAAGGCGAUGGCGUCACCAUGCCGCACGUUGCGGAAACUGAAGGAACUGAUAACCCUAGAGCCUUGAAUGACGAGUCCAUUAAGGGAAACGAUGCGACACAACUUCAGACUAUGGAUGUGCAAGCCGGAGCUUCAACCUCUGAAGCGAGCAUCGAGAAGCAGGAACCGGUAGGAUUGGACGCCUCAAUUGACGCCGACCGUGAGGACCAAAUCUAUUGCUUGUGUCGGACAGCAGAGUCCGGGAUGAUGGUGGAGUGCGAUGAGUGCCAUGAAUGGUACCAUGGGCCAUGUGUGCGCGUAACAAAACGAGAAGCGAGUGCAAAGUCCAACUACAUUUGUCCGAUCUGCAACCUAAGCCUGGUUAUCAAACGCGACAAAGCCCGACCGACGCUGGAACAACUUGCAAAGAGCUGCCAGGACGCACAGACAAUCCGCAUUAUGACCCCAGAGCUGCCUCUUCUGAGUUUGAUCGUUAGUAUGACUACAGAAUUUCAAAGGAAGGUGGCCGGGUUCUUGCAGCAGGUUCCAAUCACGGAGGAGGACAUUUCCCAGGUGAAAGGCUAUCUUCGAAAGAUCGAAGGUCUUGAGAUUGAACUGCCUGCCGAACGAGAAGCACUCCGCACGCACGUUCUCCGACUCUGUCCCUCCUCGAUGCCUGUGCCAGGAGUGAUGCUCUCAACAUACCCUACAGCGCCGCCCCUGUCAACGAUCGCGUCAAGCUGUGUGUGCUCUCAGGAACAUGCGACAGAACCGGAAUUGAGGAAGAACAUCGAUGACGAAACCAUGCUCCAGUGCGGUCUCUGCAAUGAGUGGCUCCACAUAAGUUGCGCGGGACUCGAUCUCGAACAGGUGCAGAAGUUCACAAAGUUCAUCUGCCCGAUCUGCUGCAUUGUGAGGAAGAAAGCUUACGCACUGGGUCAAGCUCAAUAUCCUGUGGAAGUGCAUGCAAGAGCUCUAGAUCGUAUUCAAGCUAACAAGGAUCUGGCGGAUGCGAAGAAGAAGCGACAAAAGUCGAGCAAGGACAGUACAGACCCUGCUACCGGAAUAGCGAUGGGGACAGAGGAGAAGAAGAAGCGGGCGUACAAGCGACGGGGACCAUCAGAGAAUGGUGAGAAGAUGAAGCCCAAGCGCCGCAAGUCCUCUGGCGGCCAGUCCACGAUCUCGGCCAUAUCGACAGAUUCGAACGCGACGACCACGCUGCCGUCGUUCAGCGAAGUGUUUUUGCUGGCAGACAGGCUGCAGUCUCUGCAGCAGCCACACCCACCCCACCAAAGAAGGCCCUCUCAUCCACUGCCGCCCUACCCUGCAUCGCAUCCGAUCCCCGCGCCCCACUAUCAUUCGCCGCCACCGCCAACGUCGCCGUCAUCGCAUCACCAACAGCAGCAGCAGUCUCGGUACCCUCCUCCACAUAUAAAUGGUCCCUAUCGACACUACCAGCCCUCACCUCCAAGAGAACACCCACAGCUGCCACCGAUGCAGCCCCACUCCUCCGUGUAUCCCCACGGUCAAGCUCCAGUGCCGUCGUCAUCGCAUUCUCAUCCUCAUUCGUACCCCCACCCGAACUCACAUCCGCACCCGCAUUCCCAUUCUCAUGGACAUCCACAUCCGCCAGGGAGCCAUGACCACCCUGACAGCCACCUAUACCGCGCCCAGUCCUAUAGCCCAGUUCAACAUGGCCACUAUCUGCCUCCUUCUCCUCAUCAUCACCAGCGACAACAUCACAGGGAUCCCAAUGACCAUCCCCACGAUGCACCACACCCUAUGAGACAUGAUCACCACAACCACCAUACGCAUUACGCGCCUUACCGCCGUCGCUCUUCGCCUCCACUACCAGCGUCCUCGACACGAUCUUAUCCGGGCUACAUUGGUCAUGGCCAACCAGGCAUGAUAGGUUCGGAACUUCCGCCUUUGAAGACCCAUCAGCCUCCCCCACCACUUCGUGAAUCUGAGAUGUCGGCGAUGACGAUUGGACCCUCGACUGCUGGAGGUGGAUUCGCCCAGCUGGAAACGGGUAGUGGUGGAGAAACAGAGACAGACGAAGAACCGAGUGCUGCUAAAGUGCCAGCAACUACAGCCGUUUGAGAUUAGUAUUGUUCACCUCAUGUAGUAGUGCAAUGUAUCAUAGUGUCUUCCACUGUCCCUGCACCGAUUGCCUGGACGAUUGUUUACAUAAUAUUGGAAACCGAUUUUUUGGGUGCUUAGUUGAGCGUCCGUGCGCAAAAUAAGCUAAUUCUGCGCCGCAUCAUCGUGCAUUUCAACUUCUUACCGAACUUUCGGAAAUAAAACAAGACGUCGAAAAAAAAAA